UGACGCGCUGGGGUGGGAGUCGCCAACUAUGCUGUGCUUCAGUCUCUAUGCACUUUCCUUGCAAAACUUGCUCUCCUCUUUCUCUGACUUGUCCUUCUCAUAUACAGCCGCCAUGUCUCUGGGCUUCCUCGAAGCCCUCUAGCUCGCCCGUCCCUCCUUGCCACCACCGUUGGAUGCAGUAAUAUUUAUCUCUCAUGCCGCUUCAAACCCCCAAGUCCGCCUCGUCAUAGUGUCGAGCGCACUACCAACAUCAGAGAUGGCUUACGUCUUGUCACUCCGGCCUCAUAGUCCGCUCAAGCGCUCUUUUAGCGACAAUCCCUACCUCAAUGUCUGUUCACCUCUGAAGAACACGCUACUUGGGCCGCUCGGCGAUAUCACGACACGCAAUGCGUCUACAUGCUCGCUGUACUCCCGUGAAUCGAACAGAGGCGGUGAUUGGGCGCGCGCAAAUGAAAAUACACCACCUCUCACGUCUCGGUCUCUCCUCGAUCUUGUCCCAGGAAACAACGGCUCUGCUUUUAGCAUCCGGCGUGUCAUCGACGAGCCGAAGACGAACUGCGGAAUCGAUCACUCAUCACCGUCCUUUCCACAAGUUGUGGCACCAUCGAACCCAUACUCGAGGAAGAGCAACCCGACACAACAUGUCGAAAGACUAUCUUCGAGCAGUGGGAGCUCGGUGGAGGCUCUAGACAGCGAAGACAGCAACCUGGACGAGUCAGAGCUCUUCGACCUCUACGAAGCCAUACACAUCCCAUUGCCACAAGGUCGCUCUUCCGAGAAUACGGGCAGCGAACCACAUCCGGAGGAGGAAAUAUUGUCUGCUUCCGUUCCAGUCAACUCACAGCCCUUUCGGCGGUGGAUGAGUACCCUAAGACGUCGGCACGUCCAACGACGAAGAGAGCAUGAUACUGAUGUCCCACGUCCAUCGUUCGACACCACGGACAGGGACUUUGUUCUUCUUCCACAGCCAGAGAAACUAUUAGAGUCUGUACGCAGAACAUCAGGGUCGAUGUCAUCGUCCAUGAACUGUGUGACCGCUAUGAAGUCUGCCUCUAUCACAAUUGCAGGCACAAGCAUCGCCCCACAUUCAGAUACUGGCUUGUACAGUAAAGGCCGUUUGGGUAACAGAAGCAGCAACUACUCCGACGUUCGAAGGUCGCUGGACAGUCAUCGCGGAACAUUAGGGCCUGUCCUCGAUGAAAGCGCCUGGCUUCGGUCGCUGCAACGUCGCAAAGUUGUUGAAGAGCUCAUUGCAUCCGAAGAAGGCUACAUCGCAGACCUCAAGGUUUUGAUAAAUGACUACUUCAUGAUCCUUACUGCCCUUCCCACAUUAGCAGGCCAAACGAGAUCAUCAAUACAACAGAACAUUUCCCAGAUUCUACAACUUCAUGAAGAUCUACUCGCUGAACUCCAUCAAGUCGUGCCCCAGGCAGACUUCACCAAAAGCGCACACCAAGAGACAUACCCUGUGACGAAAGCUAAGCAUAUUCGAUUUCAUAGCGCAGACAUAAUUCCUGGACGCUUCGCAGAGCAUAAGGCGACCCGAAGGCUCAGGCAUUCUCUAGAGAUUGGCCGAUCACCAGACCGGAGACCACGGGGGCUAGUGACUGACACCAAAACAGCGGGCAACAUCGCGAAGAUAUUCAAUAGACAUAUGAAGCGAUUCUUCACAUAUGAAGAGUAUGGCGCGCACUGGACGACAAUGUCUCAGGAUCUUACCACAAUGUGCAAAGGACUUCACGGCUGGCAAGAGUACGAACGUGGGGUUGAAGCGCUACAGAAGGUCGUUGCUUCCGAGAACAACCGGGAUGCCGGCAACAAGAAGGCGUUGAGCUUCCCUGAUCUACUUAUCAAGCCCAUCCAGAGAGUAUGCAAGUACCCUUUGCUUUUCGAUGAUCUAUGCCGCUAUACGCCCGUUUACGAUGACCCAGAGGCGCAUGCUGAACUCGAGAAAGCUCUUUUCCGUCUGCAGGAGACGAUUCGGGAAGUCAAUAAGGCGAAGGAUGACCCAAAGACUCGUCGAUUGAUCGAGAUCACAUGGCAAUUACAAGAUCGACUUGCGUUUCAGGAGCAGAGAAUAUCACGAGCACUCAUCUUUCGCCUUCUCGGACAUGUACUCUUAUGCGGCGUUCUACAUGUCACCUAUCAGACACCCGAGCGCGUAAAGGGACAGUAUAUGGUAUGCGUCUUGUAUAAGUCGUGUCUGGUGCUCGCGACAGUAAGCCGCUCUCAAAUGCCCUAUACUGUUGUCGCGUCGAUUGGUCUUGCCAAUGGCAGCAUUGAAGAGCCAGACAAUGGCCGAGGCAUUCAAUGCCAUACCGCUCCACAUACCUGGAAAUUUGUAUUCGAACAUAGCCACCGGUUGCACGAGAUCAUAUUCAGCGCCUGCACUUUACAGGAGGAGGAAGUGUGGAAAGGGCAACUGCGCGAGCGUAUUGUUUGCGAGACGCAUGAUUUCGUCGAAGGCCAGUCUACCAUGCAGGACAUGUUCUCAUCUCUAUCCUUGGAUCUUAAAUCACUUGGGCCUGUUUUCGGACAUGCCAACAGCGUCGUACGGCGAAUGUCUGUUCAUCGAGCGGCGACACUGGGCGCGAAAACCAACAUGAGUCAAGUCAUCAUCAAAAACACGCAGGCGCAGAAGCUAUCAGGAUCACCUCCUUCGUUUGCACCUAGUAUGGUUACGCGGUCGCAAUCACACAUGUCUUCAAAUUAUAUCCCUACACUGGCCCCAAGGAGAGCUGAGCGUACCCGCCUCGAAACUGCUUUGGAGGAUGUGUGGACGAAGGAUGUCCUGCCUUUCCCAGGAAUGUCGAAUCGGAGGGUUGAGAACCAGAUCCGAGCAUCGGCGAAUUCGGUGAUGCGAAAGCUCAGCAUGGCUAGCAUUGCCAGCAACUUCUCUCGUCGUUCACCUAGCUUCUCUAGUGUGAGCAAUACGCGAUCGGAAGAUUCUUUCGGAAGUAGAGUCCAUAAAAUGUCACAUGGAAACCUACGAGUCGGUUCAGCAACGGAUCGUCGACCCGCUCCAGCAGUCGUGGACUUCCACAGUGCGCCAGCCGCAUUUCUACCCACGGACUUUGAACUACAAGAUACGCGACCAUCAAGUCGGCGCCGGCGCCUUGCAAACCGGGCUGUAGGAGCAGAGCGUUCAAGUGAGAAGGCCACCACCCCUAGCAAUCCCAAGAAAGUGCGAAGGCUUUCAACGCACAUCAUCAGUCUUCCACGAUCCGAGUCAAGUGCUCACGUUACGGAGAGAUCGAUAUCUCAUGGGUCGAAUACAACGGCGGUGCGGGCUCCGGCACUUUGCGUAGAGUCGAGAAAGAAUAGUGAGACUGAAAAGCCGAAGAGAAAAGAGGAGAGAGGCAGCGGUGCAAGGGACGCGCCCUUCAGCAUGCCACCUUCGAAGAAGUUCCUCAAGAGCAAGAGCAGGAUUUUCAAGUUUUGGGUAUGA